AUGGGAAGAAAAUCUCAAAUCGUGGAAGAAGAAGAAGAAAAAUUUUUUAAAUAUUUUUUUCAUAAAAAAAAAAGGAAAACAACAACAACAAGUCGUCGAGUGGUUGGCAGGCAAAGGGGCAAGCUAGCAAGCAGGCAGGCCGGAAACCAACAGAGAAGCAGACGAUGA